AAGUAGGCAUUGGCUGUUGAAGGGUGAGGCUUUAGUUCUAGCAACCCUCAGCAAGCUUUUGAAACAGGUUUGAUUGUCUCAAGGCUUCUCGUAACAGAGGUACUUGCUGGCUUCAGCAUUUGGAGAUAGAGGUUCAAAUCAGAUCAUUAAGCAAUAUGUGCUCUGGCAAUAAUUUGCGGUUGUUGUUGUUCACCAGGCUACCAGCUGCUGCCUUUUGAUCUUGCCAUCGGUCUUAACCCUUUAUCUACAUGGGGGAAAUGAGUGAUGCCUGCCACAGAGAUGGAUGCCUUCCGACAGUCUUAUACUAGGCUGUGCAAAGAGAGUGGUGCUGAGCCUCAAGAGAGUAUCCUGCCACACUUGGAGGAAGCCACAGGAAGAAACCGUUUGGAUUUAGCCACACAAAGCCUUUCUGUAGAUAGUUGUGGAGUCCUUGGCAAGCUCUUGCAGGAUGACCUCCAGUUCACCGAGAUCAUACUGAACGAUUGCAUGUUGAGUGAAGAAGGGGCUAAGCUGCUAUUACAUGGACUUUGUUCCAAUACAGUUGUGAAGUUCUUAAAUCUGAAGGGAAACAACCUGCGAGCUGUUGGGGCUGAGGCUCUGGGAAAGCUCCUCAGGCAAAACAAGACUAUCCAGAGGCUCACUUUGGAGUGGAACAAUCUAGGUGUAUGGGAAGAAAGCUUCACUAUCUUCUGCGAGGGGCUUGGUGCAAACCACCAUCUCCAGAUGUUGGACCUGCGCAAUAAUCAAAUCAACCAUCAGGGAGCAGGAGAACUGGCCAUGGCACUGAAAGCCAAUUCUAGUCUACAAGAACUCGAUCUACGGUGGAAUAAUAUUGGACUCUUGGGGGGCCGGGCACUUCUGAACUGUCUUCAUAGCAACCGGACAGUACGGCAGCUUGAAUUAGCUGGGAACAAUGUACCAAGUGAUAUCCUGAAGGCUGUGGAUCAAGCAAUGGAACAUAACCAAGAGCGUCAGAAUAUUCUCUCCAAAAAUCGUAACAUGACAAAAAUUCUCAGCAAAGAGGUGAUGUGCUUGAAAGAAGAGAAAGCUAAACAGUUCCUGGAUCUAAUGGACACCAUUGACAAGCAGAGAGAGGAUAUAAACCAGAGCAACAGGGUAUCGGCAGCACGAGUCGGGCGUCUGCAAGAGGCCCUGAAUGAGCGCUAUUCGAUGAUGAAUUCCCUAAAAGCAAAACUCCAGAUGACAGAGGCAGCUUUGGCACUGUCAGAGCAGAAGGUGUGCAGCCUGGGAGAAAUUUUGAGCACAGCAAAAGAGGAGCAAGCAAAACUGGCGGAGAACCACGCCAAGGAGUUUCAACAACACAAGAAGAAUUCUUCUGAUCGUGAGGCAAAGCUUCUGCAGGAACUUUUCACAGCCAAUGAGAAAAAUAUCCAGCUCAAAAAUGAGGUAAAAAAAAUGUUUGAAUAG